AUGGGGGGCCGGGGGGGGCUGUCGGCCUGGCUGGAGUGUGCCUGCGCCGUCACCUUCGACCUGGAGCUGGGCCAGGCGCUGGAGCUGGUCUACCCCCCGGACUACCCGCUGACCGAGAAGGAGAAGACGAGCCUGUGCUACCUGGCCUUCCCGGACUCCUACUCAGGCGGCCUGGGGGACACCCACUUCAGCUUCCGCUUCCGCCAGUCGGGCGGGGGGGGCCUCCGGCGGGGGGGCGAGGAGGAGGAGGGCUGCAGCCGAGACGCCCCCCCGGCCCUGCAGCGGGAUCCUGCCCAUUACUUUGGCUACGUGUAUUUCCGGCAAGUGAAGGACCAGUCAGUCAAGAGAGGCUACUUCCAGAAGUCCCUGGUGCUGGUCUCUCGCCUGCCUUUUGUGAAUCUUUUCCAGCACCUGCUGCAGCUGAUUGCUCCGGAGUACUUUGACAAGCUGGACCCAUGCCUGGAGGCAGUGUGCAGCGAGAUUGACAAGUGGCCGCCACCCGUGCCCGGCCGGAUGCUGAACCUGCCCGUGAUGGGGGUCGUCAUUCAGGUGCGGGUGCCCUCGAGGGCAGACAAGCCCGGCUCCAGCCCAGACAAGCCCGUCAGUCUGGAGAACCUCCCGCCGGCCCCCCUUGUCCUCAGCAGCGUCCACGAACUGGACCUCUUCAGGUGUUUCCAGCCCGUGCUGAGCCACGUGCAGAUGUUGUGGGAGCUGAUGCUGCUGGCGGAGCCCCUGGUGGUCCUGGCCCCGUCACCUGCCGUCUCCUCAGAAAUGGUUUUGGCCCUCACCAGCUGCCUGGCUCCGCUGAAGUACUGCUGUGACUACCGGCCCUAUUUCACCAUCCACGACAGCGAGUUCAAGGAGUACACCACCCGCACCCAGGCCCCGCCCAAUGUUGUGCUGGGGGUCACCAACCCCUUCUUCAUCAAGAUGCUGCAGCACUGGCCCCACAUCCUCCGGCUGGGGGAGCUCAAGAUGGCUGGAGACCUGCCCAAGCAGGUGAAGGUGAAGAAACUGGCCAAGCUGAAGUCGCUGAUGCAAAGCCAGGGCUCCCCCUCCUGCCUUCUCCCUGUCUCUUGCUCCUCGCUGCCUCUAGGACUUUAUUCGUCGUACAAACCCUUCUUGCACAAGGACAAAGGCCUCCUCAAGAGACUCCUGAAGGGCAUCCACAAGAAGCGCUCCUCCGAAGCCCAGAGUGCCCUGCUGAGGAGACACCUCCUGGAACUCACCCAGAGCUUCAUCAUCCCCCUGGAGCACUACCUGGCCAGCCUCAUGCCGCUGCAGAGAGCCAUCACGCCGUGGAAGAAGCCCCCUCCCAUCCGCCCCUUCCGGCAGGAGGAGUUCCUCAAAACUCUGGAGCAGGCUGGGCCGCAGCUGACUUGUGGGACGAAAGGGGACUGGAUGGGCCUCUACAGGCGAUUCUUCAGGUCCCCCAACUUUGAUGGCUGGUACCGCCAGAGACACAAGGAGAUGGCUCACAAGCUGGAGGCGCUGCACUUGGAGGCGAUCUCGGAGGCAAACAUCGGGGCCUGGGUGAAGCACAAGUCUGAGGUGGAGGUGGUCGACCUGGUGCUGAAACUCCGCGAGAAGCUGGCACAAGCCAGGCACCACCACCUGCCUGUGAAGGGAGAGGCCCUCCAGCACGUGAGCCAGUUCAUCGCCACCAUCAUUGGGUCCCUGCCCGAGGAUCUCCGGGCGCUCCUGUGUCCGCAGUGAGCAGUCUGCAGCCUGGCCUGCGGGGGCUCGUGGGGAAGUCUGCCUGCCUGCGAUGCACCGCCCACACUGGGCCUGGGGCUUCUGUCUGUUGGGCUGAGGAGGGGCUUGCAGACCCCCCCCCCAGGCAGCUGUUCUGGACAAGCCCCCUUGCAGUCAUUGGGCCCUCCUCCUCCCGUUCUGCAGAGCCCAAGGAGUAAAGGCAGAGUCCAGGAGGCCUUUC